AGCAGCAGCAGCAGCAGCAGCAGCAGUUCUACCAAAUGUACGUACAGCCGCCGCAGCAGCUCGAACAGCUCUACAUGCCCGAAGUACAGUACAUCCCUCCCCCUCCCCCCACCGGCAUCUACGUCCGCCGCGCGCACUCCGACGUCACCGACCUAUCCUCAACCUCAACCAAACGCACCCAGGAAGAAAGCAACCUAACCGACCCCCCCUCCACCACCACCACCACCCCCUCCUCCUCCACCACAGCCCCCCACAAACGCAUCGCCGGCAGACACUCCGUGCCGAGCCCGCAAACCCGCGACGGCAAGCGCGAGUGCAUGGUGUGCAAGAAACGGUUCAAGAAGCUCGAAGACCAUCUCUGGACCCACUCGCCCGAGCCGAAACCCCACAAAUGCCGCGCAGGCUACACGCUCGGCCGUCCGACGUGCCAGUACGUCAACAUGGGCUUCGCGCGCGUCGCGGACCGCAAUCGCCACGAACUCAAGCACUACGACGGCCGCUUCGUGUGUCCUUUUGGCGCGGCGAACUGCCGCGUCGGCAGCGAGCGGUUCGGCAGACUUGAUACGUUCAAACGCCAUCUGCGCAUCGUGCACGGCGUGCAGACCGCCUCGUCUUCAGCUACAGACACCACCGCUGCCGCCGCAGCACAGGAAGAAGACGACCUGAACUCGCGCGCGCCAGCCGGUCCAGGCCGUCCUCGUCGUCGCUCACGGGGUGUCAAGAACACGGCCUCGUACGAGAAACUCGAGUGCAGCAAUUGCAGCAAGCAUUACUACGGCGUCGACGCGUUCUUUGCGCAUCUCAACGAGUGCACUUACGCGCUCAUGCAUCCGAACGAGGCAGAUGUUGAUAGCGCGGGGGUUCUCGGGCAUGAGUCGGAGUGAUGAAGAGCUUGGAUAAUAGACUUAUACUGCGACGAAAAACAUGUGUGUUCUGGAUUACUUUUUUUGUUUUUGGCGUCGGCUUUUGCUUG